UACCUGGGCCAAUUCAUCAAUCGGUAUAUCCGAAUCUCGAUCACAGACGCCCGUGUAUUUGUCGGCCAGUUGCGCUGCCUCGACCGGGAUCUGAAUAUUAUAUUGGCUCUGACGUAUGAAUUCCGUCCACCAACCGUGUCGGAUCUGGAGCGAGCCGCAACCCAGGCACGGGAGGCCGGGUUGCAAACCCAGCGGGUCGAGACGCCAAAACGAUAUGUUGGUUUGGUUGUCAUCCCCGGCAAGCACAUCACGAAGAUCGAGUACGAGGAGUCGUGA